GGGUCCUGCGCCGCGCUCUGCCCGCCCCGGCCCCGCCCGCCCGGCCCCGGGGAGGGAGGGAUGCGGCGGCGCGGUGCCCAGGAUGCCCCGCAGCCCCGGGACGCGCCUCAAACCCGCCAAGUACAUCCCGGUGGCCACGGCCGCCGCGCUGCUGGUGGGCUCCAGCACCCUCUUCUUCGUGUUCACGUGUCCAUGGUUGACCCGAGCCGUGUCCCCAGUCAUCCCGGUCUACAAUGGCAUCAUCUUCCUCUUUGUCCUGGCCAACUUCAGCAUGGCCACCUUCAUGGACCCCGGUGUCUUCCCCCGAGCGGAUGAAGAUGAGGACAAGGAGGAUGACUUCCGAGCCCCGCUGUACAAGAACGUGGACGUGCGGGGCAUCCAGGUCCGCAUGAAGUGGUGCGCCACCUGCCACUUCUACCGCCCGCCACGGUGCUCUCACUGCAGUGUCUGUGACAACUGCGUAGAGGACUUCGACCACCACUGCCCCUGGGUCAACAAUUGCAUUGGUCGCCGGAACUACCGCUACUUUUUCCUGUUCCUGCUAUCGCUCAGCGCACACAUGGUGGGCGUGGUGGCCUUCGGCCUAGUCUACGUGCUCAACCACUCCGAGGGAUUGGGCGCCGCACACACCACUAUCACUAUGGCCGUCAUGUGCGUGGCUGGUCUCUUCUUCAUUCCCGUUAUUGGCCUCACCGGCUUCCACGUGGUGCUAGUCACUCGGGGGCGUACCACCAACGAGCAGGUGACGGGGAAGUUCCGAGGGGGCGUGAACCCCUUCACUCGAGGCUGUUAUGGGAACGUGGAACAUGUGCUGUGCAGCCCCCUGGCACCCCGGUACGUGGUGGAGGCCCCCCGGCUGCCGCUCACCGCACGCCUGAAGCCGCCAUUCUUCCGGCCGGAGCUGCUGGAGCGAGCUGCGCCACUUAAGGUCAAACUUAGUGACAACGGGCUCAAGGCCAGCCUGGGUCGAAGCAAGUCUAAGGGCAGCCUGGAUCGGCUCGAUGAGAAACCCCUGGACCUGGGGCCACCCCUGCCCCCCAAGGUGGAAGCCAGCACGUUCAUCAGCGACGGGCAGACCCCACGCCCUGCCAGUGCUGAGAGCGCACUGUCGGCAAAGAGGACCAACCCCCCCACGCCAGCCAUGUACAAGUUCCGACCCGCCUUCCCUGGGGGCCCCAAGGCGCCCUUCUGUGGGCCAGGAGAGCAGGUGCCCGACUCCCUGACCUUGGGUGAGGACAGCAUCCACAGCCUGGACUUCGAGUCAGAGCCCAGCAUGGACCUGCCCGAGUACCCGGCUGGCGGCCUGCGCUCGGCCUACCCGCCAUCCCCUCCGCUCAGCGCCACUGACACCUUCUCUGGCGCCCUGCGGUCCCUGAGCCUCCGGGCCACUGGGCGGCGGGGCGGGGACCAUGUGGCCCUGCAGCCCCUGCGCUCUGAGGGUGGGCCCCCUACCCCGCACCGCAGCAUCUUUGCCCCCCAUGCACUGCCCAACCGCAAUGGCAGCCUCUCCUAUGACAGCCUGCUCAGCCCCGGCUCGCCCGGUGGCCACACCUGUCCGGCCCACCUCGUGGCUAGCUACCGCUCGCCCUACCUGCACCCUGGGCCGCCGGGUGACCCACCGCGGCCUCCACCCCGCAGCUUCAGCCCCGUCCUGGGCCCACGGCCACGGGAACCCUCACCCGUGCGCUAUGACAACCUGUCCCGGACCAUCAUGGCCUCCAUCCAGGAGCGCAAGGACCGGGAGGAGCGGGAACGGCUGCUGCGCUCACAGGCUGACUCGCUCUUUGGUGACUCGGGUGUCUACGACGCGCCCAGCUCCUACAGCCUGCAGGGGGCCAGCCUGCUGUCCGAGGGGCCUCGGGGUCCUGCGCUGCGCUAUGGCUCCCGAGACGACCUGGUGGCGGGGGCCGGCUUUGGGGGUGCCCGCAACCCCGCGCUGCAGACAUCCAUGUCCUCGCUGUCCAGCGCCAUGAGUCGGGCGCCGCGGACCUCCUCCUCCUCCCUGCAGGCGGACAUGGCCAACAACAAUGCCCCGGGGCCUCGGCCAGGCAGCGGCUCCCGCAGGUCGCCAGCACGCCAGGGACCACCCUCCCCGCCCAGCGUCCCCCGCUCGCCUUCCUAUGCAGGCCCCAAGGCCGUCGCCUUCAUCCACACAGAACUUCCGGAGCCACCGCCCUCACUGGCCAUGCAGAGGGACCACCCUCAGCUGAAGACCCCCCCAAGUAAGCUUAACGGGCAGUCCCCAGGCCUGGCCCGGCUGGGUCCCGCUGCUGGCACCUCGGGGCCCCCCGCCAGCCCCGCCCGGCACACGCUGGUUAAGAAGGUGUCUGGCGUGGGUGGGACCACCUACGAGAUCUCGGUGUGAGGACUGGCCGCCAUGCCACGCAUCCAAUGUGGCCCCACGAUUGGAGUCCCCGCAGCUGCCCUCCCUGCAGACCUCACUGCCCCAUGAAAGGCGGCGGCCCAGGCCUGGUGCGGUGCGGAUCUGUCGCAGGAGAGCGCCGCCCCGCCGCGCCCCAAACUAGCCCUCCACAGUUCCGUCCACCGGGUGUGGCUAGGCUGCAGUUUCUAGGCUGGGGCAGCUGGACACGUGCUGCAUCUGCAUGGACUGCCCCUGUGUCCCCUAGGUGGUCACCAGCCCAUCCCCACCCACUGCCCUGUGGCCCACACACAGCUCUGGACUUGCCUCUUGGCCGCUCCUGACCCGUUGCCUUUCAGGGACCCGCUGGAAGCCCGUAGCUUGGCCAGGCCAAGUUUCUGUGGGAGCCCAGCACGGCGGGAAGGACAGCCAGCCAGCUGGGGGUGGGGUCCCGGCUCUGUGUGUCCCGUCUUCUCACCCGAGGAGGGGGGCACACACACCCCUGUCUCUGUGCUCAGCUGCCCCGCCAAUGUCCCCCGUGUUCAUGCUCGGGCCCCCCCGCCACUCCUCUGCCAGGAAACUUGCUUUCAUUGAAGCCUUAACCUCUGCUUUAUGCUCUUGUGGGGGGCAGGCGGGGGCUGGCAUGGACAGAUGCCACCCCGGGGGCCUAAUAUGACCAAAGGUCCCCUCCUUGCCAAACUGGAGAUGCUUCAGCCACCGCCCACAGUUGGGGCCUGGCGGGGUCCCUCCUGGGGAAGGGGGCCUCCACUUUCGUCCUGGCGCCAGGGGCCUGAGAGUAAGCACACGGCAGCGUCCGCUUGCGUUGUUGUCUGUUUUAUGUUUUUAUAUCGACAUCUAUAUAUCUAUAAUUUUAUUAAAAAAAGAAAAAGUC